UUUCUUCUCUUUUUUUGUUUUUAAAAAGUGACCUCCUCCUCUUCUUCUCCCUCCUCUUCUGCUGCUGCUGCUCUUCCCAGUUCACUCUCCCCAAGAAACACACUACACUACACUACACAACACUACACUACACUACCUGAGUACUCCGCCAUUUCCCUCUCCCUCUUUAUCUCUUUCUCCACAACAAUGUUGGCCAAACUCUUCUUCUUCCUUUUCUUCUUCAUCUUCAUCUUCAUCUUCAUCUUCUUCAUCUGCGCCCACACUGAUUACAGUGAGUACGCCCCCACUCCCCUGCACAACCGGAGAGUUCUCCACCACUCCUUUUUCCCUUCGACCACCCCUGCGUCCUCGUCUCUCCCACCGGCUCAGGCCCCCUCUCUCCCGGCCUUCCCGAAAUACCCCUCCUCUUCCCUCCCCACCCCCACCACCAACACCAACACCAACGCGCGCCCCUUCUUCCCGAUCUACCCCUCCCCUCCUCCUCCUCUACCUCUCUCUCCUCCGCCUCCUCCCUCCCCACAUUCCCGCUAACAUCUCCUCCCUCCUCUCCCCUCCGCCUCCUACGACGACGCCGCCAUGGCUCCGCCGCCUCCAAGCUGUCCCCGCCCUCGUCCUCCCGCUCUCUCCCUCGCCCUCCUCGCCCUCUCCCUCUCCCUCCUCCUCCACCUCCUCCGCCGCCUCCGACGACGGCGCCUCUCCGCCGACCUCGACGAGCGCCGAGGUGGCGACGCAGCGCCAAGCCCCCCCGCUCGCGACGCCCUCCGCCUCUUCCCCCGGCUCCGCCCCCUCCGACGCCCCCAACAGGUCCCCUCUCGAAACCCUAGCUCCGAGUUCCUCUACCUCGCACCUCGUCUUCCUCCCGCCCCCCCCACCGCCCCCGACCCCGACCCCACCUCCGCCUCUGCCGCCGCCGCCGCAGCCUCGAAGUUGGGCUCGCCGGAGCUCCGCCCGCUCCCGCCGCUCCCGCGCCCGUUCCGGCAGGGGGCCUCUUCCUCGUCGUCCUCCGGGGAGUUCCUCUCCCCGUCGGGUGGCUCCGCCGGGGAGAAGCGGUGCUCCGGCGACGCUCCGCCGCCGAGCGAGCGGAGGAGCUACGGCGGGGGCGGCGCCGCCGUGGAGAAAUGCGGGUCGCGGAGCUCCACCCUGAGCACGGGGUCGGAUCCCACCUCGAACGCGGUCUCCUCGCCCUCGCCCUCUUCCCCCACCACCUCCUCUCCCCCAACCGUUUUGAGCCCUAGCCGCUCCGCCGUCAGGUCACGGAGCUCGGAGCCUCCGCCGCCGCCUCCUCCCCCUCAUGCCGCCUCCGCCGCCGCCGUUAGAGAUGACGGCCUCCGCCCUCCGCCGUUGCCGUCUCCGCGCCUGUCGCUGCUGCGGCCGCCGACGCCGUCGCCUCCGAAGAGGAAACCGCCGUCUACCCCCUCAUCAUCCCACCCGCCCUCGGAACAGCGGCAGGCGCCGGCGCCGGCGCCACCUCCACCUCCGCCGGCAGUGCCGCCACCGCCGGUGCAGCCGCCGGCCCUCGUGCCUCCUCGGCCCAAGUUGAAGCCUUUGCAUUGGGAUAAAGUCCCCAUGUGCUCCGAUCGCGAAAUGGUGUGGGAUCAGCUGAAGUCAAGCUCGUUUCAGUUAAACGAGGAGAUGAUUGAGACACUGUUUGUGUAUAACAAAACAAACACUGCGCAAUCGAAGGAGAGGGAGCUUGCUUCUUCAACAAAUCAAGAGAAUGGCUUGCUUGAUCCCAAGAAAUCUCAGAACAUUGCUAUUUUGCUCAGAGCACUAAACGUCUCUAAAGAGGAAGUUUGUGAGGCCAUCUUGGAAGGUAAUAUGGAAAGGCUGGGAAAUGAUCUUCUAGAGCUGCUCAUGAAAAUGGCUCCAACCAAAGAAGAGGAGGUUAAACUGAGAGAACACAAUGAUGAUUCCCCAGUCAAGCUUGGACCAGCCGAAUCAUUCCUCAAGGCAAUGCUAGAUGUGCCAUUCACUUUUAAGAGAGUUGACGCGAUGCUUUACGUUGCCAAUUUCGACUCAGAGAUUAAUGAUGUGAAGAAUUUAUUUACUACUCUUGAGGCGGCUUGUGAAGAGCUAAAGGGAAGCAGAUUGUUCCACAAGCUUCUAGAAGCUGUUCUUAAGACCGGGAACCGAAUGAAUGUCGGCACAAACCGUGGUGAUGCUCACGCCUUUAAGCUCGACACUCUUUUGAAACUCGUUGAUGUAAAAGCCUCCGACGGGAGGACCACCCUCCUUCACUUUGUCGUCCAGGAAAUCGCAAAAGGCGAAGGCUAUCGCCAUUUCUCUACCCAAUUUCAAAUGGUUGAACCGGACAAAAGUCCUCUCUUCAAUGAUCUCGAGUGCAAAAAAGUUGGCCUUCAUGUUGUUUCGAGGCUUGGAUUGGAGCUCAACAAUGUGAAGAAGGCAGCUGUUAUGGACUCAGAUGCACUAAGCGGUAGCGUAUCGAAGCUUGCAGAAGGGAUCGGAAAAAUUCACAACGUACUGAGACUGAAUUCUGCGUUAAGUACAACAGACCGUAACCUGCAGUUCCACGAGGUGAUGAGCGCCUUCUUGCGAAGGUCAGAAGGCGAAAUUGUGAAAGUUCAGGCCCAAGAGAGCAUAACACUAUCUCUGGUGAGGGAGCUAACGGAGUACUUCCAUGGAGAUUGCGCCAAGGAGGAAGCUCACCCAUUCAGGUUUUUCAUGGUGGUGAGGGACUUUCUCGCCAUUCUCGAUCAGGUAUGCAAAGAAGUUGCGCAGAUGAACUAUUCCAUCGCGGGUGUUUCUUCAGUUUAACCUAGUUGGGGGUUAGUGAUUUUGGUGGAGAAAGCCGAGCUUCGUCAUGAGUUAGUGCUUUCUGGUACCCGAAGCUUGUCGACACCAAGUGCUUCUUGGGUUUUGGUGCCAAUCGGUGGUUUUCCUCUUUCAGGUGUACUUUUGGCUAGUUAUGAACUAGGGUUCUUUUUUUGGUAUUGUAAUGUAGAUGUUUAAGUAUGGAGAAUUUUAGCUGCAGAGAAGUAUGUGUAUUUUAGCUGCAGAGAAGUAUGUGUAUGUAUAUUGGUUUGACUAACUCAAAUUAUAUGUCUGCUUGAAACUCACAUCACGGAGAAAUUCUAGAAUGCAAAGGGUA